AUGGGAUCAGUCCUGCCACCCAACACGGUCCACACCACUCUCAACUACUACCUAACUCCUGAGAAAGGCGGCACGAAGAUAUUCUACCCUGGCACCGCCGGCAACUAUCGACGGAAGCAUGAGCCUCACGAUGUAGACAUAUUUGACCUCCGAGAAGCCUCAGAGGAGAUCCAACUCGACAAGCAAGGCUUUCAGCUUGUGCAGCAUUCGAGUCUGGACCAAGAUCUCAGCGAUCCCGAUUUCGUGAAGACGAAGGUGUAUGAUGAUACCGCUGAGUUGUUGAAGAAAGCUACUGGAGCGAGUCGUGUCCAUGUCUUCAGUCAUAUCAUCCGUAAGCAAACGUGGGCGAGCGCUGUCGAAGCGGGCAAGGAUCUUGUGGAUAAGGCGACGCAGUCCACAAUGGCUUCGGCAAUGUUCAUUCACGUCGACCAGUCUUACGAUGGAGCAGCUGAAGUGCUCCGCGACAACCUGCCUGCCGAAGAAGCCGCAAGACUGUCGAACUCCCGCUGGGCUAUCAUCAACGUCUGGCGUCCAAUCCAGCAGACGGUCCGCCGCGAGCAACUAGCUUUCUGCGACGCACGUACUGUGCCCGAGGAAGACCUAUACCCAGUACGAGCGCAGCUACCUUCCAAAGGAAGCGGUACAUACGAGGAUGUCAGCAAGGGCGGCACUUUCGAGACAUGGCACCUGCUUGCCAAUCCUUCGCAUAGGUGGUACUAUGCUUCCGAGCUGGAGCCAGACGAGUCACUUUUGAUCAAGUGCUACGACUCGAAGAAAGAUGGCAGAGCGAGAGCAACACCACACACAGCAUUUACCUCGGACAGGGACAGUGGGCCACCGAGGCAGAGCAUUGAGGUCAGAUGUCUAGUUUUCUGGGAAGACCAAUCUCUGGAAUGA